AUGCAAGACAUUCCUGCACCGCGAACAGGUGCGAUGACACGAGAAGAAAUUAACGCCGUUCGCCGAGAAAAGGAAUUUGACUAUAAAACACGUAAACAGUUGGAGGCUCGCUACGGUGUAGGCUCAACAAGAAGUGGUGGAAAUAAACGACUCACGCGUGCCAAGGCAUGGCGUUGCAGUGUCUGUGGACAGAUGAGUGUAGACGCCCGACACGUUUGUGGCUCUUGUCUCGCCGUAGAACCUGGAGUUGUGGGAAUCACACCUGGAAAUAAUAGUAAGAAUCGUCAGAAGAGUACAAGCAAUCGUAAUGACUCUCUCUUGCGGUAUACAGCGAAGGAGACUGGUGUAUCAGAGGAUCCAAUGAUGGGGAUUCUCUCACUCGCACAUGGUCGUUCAUACCGUAUUGCCACACCUGCAGCGGCAGCGGCAGUUGUACUGCGGGCUUCAUCCACUAAGGGAAAAACACCAGCAGAGAGAAAUACACUCAUUGAUACAGAUGAGUACGAUGAAGAAGAAGAAGAAUUACUAGUGCCAGCACCAACAACAUCAACAAAAGAAGAAGAAGAAGAAAGGAAGGCGGAAGUGGUUGUAAGAAACAGCGAGGUACGUCCUCGACAUACAGUUCCCUAUACACAUUUCAUUUCACUUCCUAUUGGAAAGUUACCUGCUGUUCGCCCACACGCAGCAGCAUUAUUGGAAGAAAUGAAGCGUCGCUGCAUUAAUACAGGAACAAACACAAUGGUUACAGAAGAUAUUUUUACUACAGCACCGCGUAUGCAUAUUACGUUAUUGUUACUAUCUCUCACAACAGAGGAGGCAGUGAAGUUGGCAGUGGAACGGAUGCAAAUACUACAAGAAAAGGUACGUGAGUGGAAAAUAUCUACUCAACAAAAUAAACGACCGCAAGUACGCCUUGGUGGUCUUCAUGUAAUGAAAGGGCGAGGACGGAAUGAGAAGAAAGCCGAAGUGUUGUACAUGGGACUUGCUGAUGACGAAUCAACAGCUAUAGUCUCAUCACUGCAGAAAAUUGUUCAUGAAUGUUUUGCAGAACUCACUAUGAGUGAUCCUAGUGCAGUGGAGGAUAGUAAACUAUUGCAUAUGACUCUUAUGAACACUAAAUGGCGAAAGGAUAACUCCACAAAUAGUAAUUCUAAGGCAAAGAUGAAAUGGCAGCCGCGUGUACCUUUCGAUGCCUCAUAUAUUCUGCAAGAGUUUGCAGAUGCAUCACUUCAUAGUGAUGGUGAUAGUCGUACUGCAGAAGGCAGUGGUAACGGUAUUACAUUGGAGUGUGUGGAAUUGAGCUCUAUUAAGUAUGACCCUGAUCGUGAGUGUUACCCCUCCGAAUAUGUUGUUGCCUUGUAG